AAAAAAAAUACAACAUUCCGUCAGUUGUACUGUGACUGGAACUCUAUUGGUUUAAACCUUCCAUGUUGAAACAAGUGCACGUUGUUCACGAAGGUAUAUAAGAGGUAAAUAGCGUUGAUAAGCACCCCAGACAGUUGGUUAUAAUGUGGAAGCCACUUGUGGUGUCAGCCAUAGUGGCGAACAUGGUACUGAUAACACCAACAAAAGGAUAUAAUCCCGGCCCUUAUUCGAUUGCAGAACAUGGUAAUCGUCAUCGAAAAUGUAAGAACCCAAACGAAGUGUACGACCUUUGCCCGGCCCCCUGCCCUCCAAGGGAAUGCGGGGUCAACAAGGCUCUGAUUCUUUGUGCUCCUUCACCCAAGCCUGGUUCCAGUGAAUGUAAGCCUGGCUGCCGAUGUGAUGAUGGUUUUGUUAGAAAUAAAGCUGGUGUUUGUAUUCCUGAAGACGAGUGUAAAUAUGAUUGUGCCAAAAAUGAGACACUAGACCCAUGUCUAACUGAAUGCCCACCUCGGUUCUGCGGUGUAAACAUAGCCGCAGUAUCGUGCAUAGCUAUAGACGAAUGCGAUUGUGAACCCGGCUGUCGCUGCAGUGACGGCUACUUAAGGAAUGGAGAAGGGAACUGCGUUCUUGAGGAGGAUUGUCCUAAAUGCACGGGUCAGAACGAAAGAUACAACGUAUGUCCAGCCCCGUGCCCUCCACGCCGAUGUGGAGUGGAUGACAAUCUCGUAGAUUGUGCACCAUCACCAAAUCCUGGUGACCCUGAGUGCGUUCCUGGCUGUGAAUGCGAAGAUGGCUUCGUCAGGAACUACGAAGGAGUAUGUGUAACGAGAGAUGAAUGUCCUACAUGCCCUGCACAUGAGGAAUAUGACAUAUGUCCAGCACCGUGUCCCCCUCGCCGCUGCGAUGUAGACGACCGUUUGAUUAGGUGCGCCAAGCCUCCAGACCCUGGUGACAAGAGCUGUGAACCUGGUUGUCGCUGUUCUGACGGCUUCGCGAGGAAUGAAAGGGGUGUUUGUGUUACCAGGGAUCAGUGUCCAUAUAAUUGUGGACCAUAUGAAAUAUAUUCACCAUGUCCUACAAAAGAAUGCCGACCUCUAGAAUGCACUCAAGUAGGAUUCCCAGUUUCAUGUCCAAGAGACGAAGAGGAUGAUGAUGAUGAGGAUGAUGAUAAGUGCCCCGUACAACCUGACUGCAUUUGCGAAGAUGGCUAUGUAUGGAAUGCAAACGGCACAUGUAUACCGAUAUCGGAAUGUCCAUCAUGUGGUGGGGACCCUUACGCGAUAACGGGAUGCGGAGUAAACUGCGGUAAACAUUGCUCCGAUCUAAAUAAGAAGGAACCUGGACCAUGUAUCGAAAUAUGCUACGAAAACGCCUGCGAUUGUCGUGAAGGAUAUUAUUACGAUGACAACCUAAAAAAAUGCGUCCCACCAGAAGAAUGCACACCAGUUUGCGGGAGAAAUGAAGUUUACUCAAACUGUACCAAUGCUGACUGUAGACCGAAGGAUUGUUCGCAAUUAGGGUUCCCGAUAAAAUGUCCGAGAAUUAAUCCUGUGGAUUGUGUCAAAGGAUGCGUUUGUAAAGAAGGUUAUGUACGAGGAGCGAACGGCGUUUGUAUUCGCAAACGAAGAUGUCCUUCAUGUGGUGGGGACCCAAACGCAGAAACUGGUUGUGGCAUAAACUGCGGUAGACUAUGUUCGAACUACAACAAAGGGCCCGUGAGCUGUAUAGCUGUGUGCUACGACAAUGCUUGCGAUUGCAAAAAAGGUUUUGUACUGGACGAGAGCACUGGAAAAUGUAUCCUUCCGAAUCAAUGCGUGUCGUGUCGUGGAGAUUUCAAUGCUCAACCUGGUUGCGAUACAAACUGUACCAAACGCUGUCCUGGUCCCAAACCAACCGAGUGCAAAUGUUACAAAGAUGGCUGCGUUUGCAAAGACGGAUUCUUAUACGAUCCUAAAGCCAAGAAGUGUGUUCGACUUGAACAAUGUACUCCACCUUGUGGCGAAAACGAAGUUCUAUCAGACUGUAGCAACGGUGGAUGUGGACCGUGGACCUGUGACGAUGUAGGGUUUCCUACCGGCUGCGUCAAGAUGGACCAAAAAUAUUGCACAGUUGGAUGCGUGUGCAAAGAAGGUUAUGUUAGGAAAAAUGGCGUAUGUGUUCCAGUUACUGAUUGCCCUGCAUGUGGCGGAGAUCCUAAUGCAAGACCAGGUUGUGGUGUUAACUGUGGAAGACUAUGCUCAAAUUACAACAAAGGGACAGUAUUCUGUCCGGCUAUUUGCCGUCAAAACGCAUGUGAUUGCAAAAAAGGAUAUGUGCUCGAUGAAAAUACUGGUCAAUGUGUUCGUCCUGAAGAAUGCACCCCAGUUUGCGGAGAAAAUGAAAAGUUUUCGAGCUGUGUCAAUGGUGGAUGUGAAGCUCAGAACUGCUCUCAAGUUCAAGAAUCAGUCCCUUGUGUCAGACCUGCUAAAUGUAGACCAGGAUGUCUUUGUGCAGACGGUUUAUUAAGAGCUGAUAAUGGUACCUGCGUACCGAAAGACCAAUGUCCUGCAAAAUGUAAUGGAGCUAACGAGAUCUACGAUCCGUGUCCACCAAGAUGUCCCCCACAAACUUGUGAAAGUAUAGGACAGAAAUAUUUCUGUCCACUACAACUCUCAGGCCCAAGUUCUAAGAACUGCCGAGGCGCCUGUCGAUGCAAACCAAACUACUUCAGAAACAAAAUCGGAGAAUGCAUAUCGGCAAAGGAUUGCCAAAAAUGCAAGGGUCCAAACGAAUACUACUCUUGCGGUGGCGCGUGUGACAAUGUGUGCGCUACUCUGAAGGAACAAAAUCAGACCAACUGUCCCAUCGUCAAUAUCAAAUGCAAUGAAAUGUGCUACUGUGAACCAGGAUACGCUAGGGACAACAAUAAUAUUUGCAUUCCCAUCGAGAAAUGUCCAAAAACUGUUUGUGGGGUUAAUGAAAGACUGGAACAAUGUCCCCCUGCAUUGUGCACUCCUCAGAAAUGUACUGAAUUAGGCUUCCCUUAUGCGUGUCCUGAUUUACCUCCAAAUGGUUGCCCAGUGCCCCCGGGCUGUGUCUGUAUUGACGACUACGUUAGAGAUGCUAAAGGAAGAUGUAUACCCAAUCAAAAUUGCCCUUCAUGCGGAGGGGAUUCGAAAGCAGUAUCUGGCUGUGGAGUGAACUGCGGUAGAACUUGCGCUGAUUACAAUAGAACAGACAUCGCUUGUAUAGCAGUAUGCUACUUCAAUGCUUGCGACUGCCGAAAAGGAUAUGUUUUUGAUGACAAUAUAAAGAAAUGUGUGAGACCGAAAGAUUGCACACCUGUUUGUGGAAAGAACGAAGUCUACAAUUUUUGCGCUAACGGUGGAUGCGGCAAGAGGAAUUGUACGCAACUUGGAGAGCCGGAUCUCUGUAUAGAUGUGAUAAAGUGUAUUGGAGGUUGUGUCUGUCAAGAAGGGUACUUAAGAGAUAAAGAUGGAAGAUGCGUUCCAAUAAAGGAGUGUCCAAUACCAAAAUGUGGGAUAAACGAAAGAUUUGAACUAUGUCCAGAUUCCCUUUGUAUACCACAAAAAUGUUCAGAGCUAGGCUUUCCUAUACGUUGCCCAGCGUUAUCAGGGGAUUCCACCUGCCCAGGACAACCUGCUUGUGUUUGUGAUUAUGGAUUCGUGAGGAAUGAUUAUGGAAUUUGCAUACCUAAAGAUCAAUGCCCAUCAUGUGGUGGUGAUCCAAAUGCCAAACCAGGUUGUGGUAUCAAUUGUGGCAGACUUUGCUCCAACUAUAACCUUGAACCAGUGCCGUGUCCUAAGAUAUGCAAAUUCAAUGCUUGCGAUUGUAAAAAGAACUUUGUAUUCGAUGUCAAUAUCAAAAAAUGCGUACGCCCUCGAGAAUGCACACCAAUAUGCGGAAAAGAUGAAGUUUAUUCGCCAUGUAUCCAAGGGGGAUGUGAGGCUAAAAAUUGCUCUCAAUUAGGAAAACCGGUUCCUUGUGUAAAGAUAGCCUCUGAAAGCUGCAUCAAAGGAUGUCUCUGCAAGGAAGGUUAUUUACGGGACAAGAAUGGCGUUUGUUUACCAAAGGACCAAUGUAGCCAAAAUUGCUUGGAACCACACACAGUCUACGAUCCCUGCCCACCAAGUUGUCCACCACAAACUUGUGAAAGCAUUGGCAAAAAAUAUUCUUGCCCAGCUGUCAUACUUGGAGAAGAAAAGUGCAAUGGUACCUGUCGAUGUGAGAAGGAUUAUUACAGAAAUAAACUUGGUGAAUGUAUUUCGAAAACUGAUUGCUUAAAAUGCACGGGUCCGAACGAGUUAUUCUCGUGUGGCGGAGCAUGCGACAACGUGUGUGCUACACUUAGUCAACAGAACCAGACAAACUGUCCCAUCGUCAAUAUUAAGUGCAAUCCUAUGUGUUAUUGCGAAAAGGGUUACGCUAGAGACGAAAAUGGCACCUGUAUACCAAUAGAACAAUGUCCAGUACCCAAAUGUGGUGAAAACGAAAGACUAGAAGAGUGUCCGGACCAGCUGUGUACGGCACAAUCUUGCUCUCAACUCGGCUUCCCAAUAGAUUGUCCUGCAUUAAAUGGUAAUUCCACUGUGUCGUGUGGUGAACCAAAGUGUGUCUGCAUCGAAGACUAUGUGAAAGACGAUGAUGGAAAGUGUAUUCCUACUAAUGAAUGUCCUUCAUGUGGAGGCGAUCCAAACGCGGUCCUUGGUUGUGGACAGAACUGUGGUAGACUGUGCUCGAACUACAAAGAAAAAGACGUUGUUUGCACGUUAAUUUGUAAACUCAAUGGCUGCGAUUGCAGAAACGGAUUCGUAUACGAUAGCAAUUUAGGGAAAUGUGUUCGUCCUAAAGAUUGCACACCUACUUGCGGCAAUAAUGAAGUUUACGUUGGCUGCGCUAACGGCGGAUGUGGAAAAUGGAACUGUUCUCAAAUAGAUGAACCUGAUCUUUGUAUAGAUCCUAUCAAAUGUAACGGUGGUUGUGUUUGCAAAGAAGGAUUCUUGCGACUUGAAAAUGGCACAUGCGUACCUGAAGAACAGUGUCCACGUAAAUGCCCCGGACCCAACGAGCACUAUGCCUGUGGCAGUGAAUGCGACAACGUUUGUUCUACAUUAUCUCAACAGAAUCAAACAAAUUGUCCUAUUGUUAAUAAGAGAUGCAACAAUAAAUGUUAUUGUAACGAAGGCUUUGCUCGAGAUGACAAUGGAGUCUGUAUACCGAUUGGACAAUGUGGUGUUUCUUGCAACGGAGAUUCCAACGCCAUAUCUGGUUGUGGCGGCUACUGCGGUAGACGUUGUUCCACCUACAAUAAAGGAGUAGUGGCAUGUCCCCUUAUCUGCCAACUAAACGGCUGCGAUUGCAAACAAAGCUACGUUUACGAUGACAAUCUGAAGAAAUGUGUACAGCCUAAAGACUGCACACCAGUGUGUAAAGCAAAUGAAGUGUUUGACAGUUGUGCAAAUGGAGGUUGCGAUAGACGAGAAUGUGCAGAUCUUGAAUAUCCAAACCUCUGUAGAGACCCCAUAGAGUGUAUUGGAGACUGCGUUUGUAUUAACGGUUACUUGCGUAAUGAAGAUGGUCUGUGCGUGCCUGAAAAGGAAUGUAAACCGGAGUGCAACAGGCCUCAUGAGGUCUUUGACUUUUGUCCUUCAACUUGCCCACCGCGAACAUGCGAGAGUCUUGACAGGGCUUAUGUCUGCCCCAUCGAAUGGGGUCAGGAACCGCCCUGCAAACCUGGCUGCGUCUGCGAACAAGGAUUUUACACCAACAAGAUAGGGGAAUGCAUAUCGGAGGAAGAUUGUAAAAAAUGCACGGGACUAAAUGAGUAUCACUCUUGCGGUGGUGCAUGUGACAACGUGUGCGCUACUCUGAAUGAACAAAAUCAGACCAACUGUCCUAUCGUCAAUAUCAAGUGCAAUGAAAUGUGCUACUGUGAAGAUGGAUAUGCUAGGGAUGUUAAUAACAUCUGUAUACCUAUUGAAGACUGUCCUCCACCCCGAUGUGGCCCAGAUGAAAGGUAUGAAGAAAACCCCUCUCUUGUCUGCGAGCCUCUAUACUGUUCCGAAGUAGGAGAGGAAAUGGACUGUCCUCCAGUUGUAGACGCUAAUUGUGAUGAUCAACCAGCCUGCAUCUGCAAGUCAGGACUUGUUAGAAACGAUGACGAUGUUUGUGUACCUAUUGAUGAAUGCCCUUCCAACAACACGACGGUGAACUGCACAGAUGUAAGACCUAGACUUGACAAAGGAAGCAUGAACUUAGCUGGCGACUUUUUACACUAUCUAGUGUCUACAAAACCUGAUGAGAACGCCGUAGCAUCAGGAACAUCGCUCCUUAUUCCAUUAGCACAGAUUGCGUUAUAUGCUACUGGAUCGGUGCUAGAGGAACUUCUCAAACUGCUUAACCUUAGAAGUAAAGACGAGAUAAAGUGUAUUUUCCCUGAAUUUACCAAAGAAUUAGGGAAUCAAGGAAACGUAGAUUUGGAAGUGGCUACUAAAUACUACGCAAACAUUGGAUAUCCACUAAGUUCAAACUUCAUUCAAGAUUCUAAGAAAUAUUUUGACGCUGAAGGAGAGAAUCUUGACUUCAGUCAGAAUGUUGAGGCUUCUAAAAUCAUAAAUGACUGGGUAUCAAACCGUACUCGUGGCAAAAUUCAAGACCUCGUUCAGCCAAGCAUGUUUAGUGCGAAUACAAGACUGUGCUUAGUCAACGCCAUUUAUUUCUUGGGAGAUUGGUUAUACAAAUUCAAUCCUAACGACACGACAGUUAAAGAUUUCUACAAAGCUAAUGGGGAUACUGUACAAUUGAAAAUAAUGUACCAACAAGGGACAUUCAAUUAUGCUGAAAACGAUGAUUAUCAGGCCCUGGAGAUGUUUUAUAAAGGCAUGAAUAUCAGUUUCCUAGUGGUUCUUCCAAGAAAUAAGACCGGUUUGCUGAAUACGGUUAAGGCCCUGAGAGAUCCUGAUGAGUUCUCUAACUUGACGAAAAACCUUCGUUCGGAGAAAGUUAAAGUAUAUCUGCCGAAAAUGUUAAUCUACACACAAAUAAAUAUAAAAGAAAUGCUUAUAAAGGAUAAUAUUACCGCUAUGUUUGAUCCAAGAAAUGAUGGAUUUGAUGGUAUAUUGAAACGUAAAGAACCAGUUUAUAUAUCUGAUGCUGUACAGAAAGCUUACAUAUCUGUAGAUGAGAAAGGUACCGAAGCAGCGGCAGCCACUGCUGUCAUUCUCACUAGAAGGAGCUUGCCACUAAAUUCUCCGCCCCCUUACGUCUUCAACGCCAACCAUCCCUUUCUAUUUUACAUUAAAACUAAAGACACGAUUUUGUUCUCUGGGACUUUUGUCAGAUAAAUAAAAAUAUUAUUAGGUAUCUACACUAUUUCUAUAUUCCCUUUGUCAUCCCAAACUUUAACUUAUUCACAAUCAAAAAUGACACUAUCAUUAGUUUUGGAUAAGUUUCCAGCUUUAAUAAUAACAUUAGCCAUGCCAUAUCCUCCACCAAAGAUCUAUGUCUUCGAAGCUAAUCGCCCUUAUGUAUACUACAUAUUAGAAAACAAAGUACCGCUGUUCUGUGGGACGUUCGUAGGGGCAGAGUAAGAGGUGAAUUAUAUUCCUAGAUUUUGUGUCCUUGUUUGUUUAAAACUUAGAAUCUUUUCCAUGGCUAUGGCUGGCUGGUGAAGGAACUAUGUCAUGUGCAACAUCAGAUACAUCAUCAUCUUAAUGUGACUUCCAGUUUUAGGUUCAGCUAUGUACUCUCCUAAAAUGUAGAUAAAUAAA